AUGAGCAAGACCCAUCCUCCCCAACUGAAGGAAUUUAUGGACAAGAAGUUAUCAUUGCAGUCAGAUGGUGACAGACAUGUACAAGGACUACUUCAGGACUUGAAUUCCUUUAUGCAUACUGUGAUUGAUGAGUAUGUGGAGAUGGUAACUCGUGGGCAACAGAAUAACUCCAGAAUCGUGGUCGUAUGA